AAUGCAAUGGACUCUUCCAGACAGACAUGUCACGGUUGUUGCUUGGAGAGUUGAAGCGCAUUGGGAGAGAGGGAAAGGCAUCCUGUGCCUGCCAUUGCAGUGCAGCCGCUUUGGAGCCGAGAGGACGGCGCUGACUACCCUCUCUUAUCAAACGGAAUCAAAUAUUCAGCUGAUCGGCACGACGAAACAGAUUUGAUGAAGGAAAAUCUGAAGUCACAAUAAAAAAUACUCAGUGCAGUAAUGGAGGAGACCGUAAUCUGGGAACAGCACACCGUAACUCUCCAUAGGGCACCAGGGUUUGGGUUUGGAAUUGCCAUCUCGGGGGGACGGGACAACCCCCACUUCCAGAGCGGCGAGACGUCCAUCGUCAUCUCGGAUGUCCUGAAGGGUGGACCGGCCGAGGGCCUGCUGCAAGAAAAUGACCGCGUCGUCAUGGUUAACGCCGUCUCCAUGGACAACGUGGAGCACGCAUACGCAGUCCAACAGCUCCGCAAAAGUGGCAAGAAUGCAAAGAUUACGAUCCGUCGGAAGCGUAAGGUGCAGAUCCCGCUGGGGCGCCUGGGUGAGCGGGAGACCAUGUCGGAGCACGAGGACGAGGACAGCUACGAGGACGAGAUCUACGAGGUGCGCAGCGGCCGCAGCGGUCCUAGUGCCUACAGCACGGGCCGGCGGAGCGGGCGUGGCGAGGGGCGGGGCAGCCUGGGGCGGCGGGAGCGCGAGCGGGAGCGCGAACGGGAGCGCAGCGGCUCUCGGGAGAGGAGCAUGUCCCCGCGCUCCGACCGCCGCUCCAUCACCUCCAGCAUCCCGCCCCGCCCCGCCAAGGUCACGCUCAUCAAGUCCCGCAAGAACGAAGCAGAAUACGGGCUUCGGCUGGCCAGUCACAUCUUCGUGAAGGACAUCUCUCCCGAGAGCCUCGCUGCCCGAGAUGGGAACAUCCAGGAGGGAGACGUGGUGCUCAAGAUAAACGGCACGGUGACGGAGAACCUGUCGCUGAUCGAUGCCAAGAAACUGAUCGAGAGGUCCAAGGGCAAGCUGAAGAUGGUGGUGCAGAGGGACGAGCGGGCGACCCUGCUGAACAUCCCCGACAUGGACGACAGCAUCCCCUCCGCCAACGCGUCCGACAGAGACGGUAUGAACCUGCCCCAACUGGGGCAGGGCCGCAUGCUCACCCCUGAGGAACUCCACGCUAGCUCUCUAUUUGAUAUUUCAGACAUCCACUCGGUGGCGUCUGAUCAUUCCAACCGUUCCCACGAGCGUCGCCGCAGCAGUCGCUCCCGCUCCCCCGACCGCCGCUCAGAACCCUCCGACCACUCCAGACACUCGCCACAGCAGAUCAGCAACGGCAGCCACAGGAGUCGUGAGGAGGAGCGUGUGUCCAAGGGCGCCCCCAUCCCCAUGCCCGCCAAGAUGGUGGAGGAGACCCCGCGCCAGGAGGCCCCCCCACGAGAGGACAAGCAGCUGCCCCCCCUACCAGAGCCCAAACCAGUGUAUGCGCAGCCUGGCCAGCCUGACGUGGAUCUGCCCGUGAGUCCUGCUGAUGCACCUGUGCCCAGCGAGGCCCCCGACGACAGCAUCCUGCGGCCCAGUAUGAAGCUGGUGAAGUUCAAGAAGGGGGAGAGUGUGGGGCUGCGUCUGGCCGGAGGCAACGACGUGGGCAUCUUUGUGGCCGGCGUGCUGGAGGACAGUCCUGCAGCCAAGGAGGGCCUGGAGGAGGGCGACCAGAUACUCAGGGUCAAUAACGUGGACUUUGCCAACAUCAUCCGUGAGGAGGCGGUGCUGUUCCUGCUGGACCUGCCCAAAGGAGAGGAGGUCACCAUCCUGGCCCAGAAGAAGAAGGACGUGUACCGGCGUAUCGUGGAGUCGGACGUGGGCGACUCGUUCUACAUCCGCACGCACUUUGAGUACGAGAAGGAGUCCCCGUACGGCCUGAGCUUCAACAAGGGCGAAGUGUUCCGUGUGGUGGACACGCUCUACAACGGCAAGCUGGGCUCCUGGCUCGCCAUCCGCAUCGGCAAGAACCACCAGGAGGUGGAGCGAGGCAUCAUCCCCAACAAGAACAGGGCGGAGCAGUUGUCCAGUGUCCAGUACACGCUGCCCAAGACCCCGGGCGGUGACCGCGCCGACUUCUGGCGGUUCCGUGGCCUGCGGAGUUCUAAGCGGAACCUGAGGAAGAGCCGCGAGGACCUGAGCGCCCAGCCCGUCCAGACCAAGUUCCCCGCCUACGAGAGGGUCGUCCUGAGAGAGGCUGGGUUCUUGCGUCCUGUGGUGAUCUUUGGGCCCAUUGCUGAUAUGGCCCGAGAGAAGCUGUCCAGGGAGGAGCAGGACACCUUCGAGCUGGCUAAGAGUGAACCUCGUGAUGCUGGAACAGAUCAGCGGAGUUCUGGAAUCAUCCGUCUCCACACCAUCAAACAGAUCAUAGACCGGGACAAGCAUGCGCUGCUGGACAUCACGCCUAACGCAGUGGACCGUCUGAACUACGCGCAGUGGUACCCCAUCGUGGUCUUCCUGAGCCCCGACAGCAAGCAGGGCGUCAAGACCAUGAGGACCCGCCUGUGUUCUGAGUCACGCAAGAGCGCCCGCAAACUCUACGAGAGGGCCCUCAAGCUGAGGAAGAACAACAACCACCUCUUCACCACAACCAUCAACCUGAACAACAUGAACGAUGGCUGGUAUGGAGCGCUGAAGGAGACCAUCCAGCAGCAGCAGAACCAGCUGGUGUGGGUCUCAGAGGGCAAGGCGGACGGUGCCCCCGAGGAUGACCUUGAUAUCCAUGACGACCGGCUGUCGUACCUGUCGGCGCCGGGCAGCGAGUACAGCAUGUACAGCACGGACAGCCGCCACACGUCCGACUACGAGGACACGGACACCGAGGGCGGCGCCUACACGGACCAGGAGCUGGACGAGACGCUCAACGACGAGGCCGGACCGCCGGCAGAGCCCGCCAUCACCCGCUCCAGCGAGCCCGUGCGCGACGAGCCGCCCGUCAUCCAGGACGCCGCCGGUUACCCGGGAUACCAGGUGGCCCCCCCCGUGGUCACCACGGUCACCACCGCACACAACCCCCACGCGCCGCCCGACCCACAGCCACUCAGCACCGGCGCACGCAUCGACCCCGCCGGGUUUAAAGGGCCCGCCCCGCAGCAGGCUGAGGUUGUGGGCGUGUCCGUGUCGCCCUCCCUCCCCUCGCCUCCCGUUGCCGCGGCGCCCUCCACCGGCCCCGCCUCCUCCUCCGGCGCCCAGCUGGCGGGUACGAGCCCCUCGGAGCCCCUAAGCCCCGCCCCCGACCCUGAGCCCGAGCCCCUGACCCCUCCUCUCGACCCCCUCGACCCCCACGACCCCCACGACCCCCACGACCCCGCUCCACCUGCCCCCGGGCCUCAGAUGUAUAAGAAGGAGCUGUACAGCAUGGACGAGGCGGUGCGUGUGAACCCCAGCAUGAAGCCAGUGGCACCGCCUCUCUCUGGCCAGCAGGGGGCUCCCUACUCCGGCCAGCAGCCCUACCGGGACUACGACCCCCACCAGCCCUACGGGUACGAGCCCGCCCCCCCCGCUCCCCGCCCGCACGCCUACGAGCCUCACGCCCACUACGACCCGCGCGCGCCCAUCUACGGAGAGCAGCCGUGGAGCCCCGCCCCCUACGAGCAGCCGGCCGGCCCACAGCUGCCCCCUCCCGCCGUGUUCCACCCCCCCUACGAGCAGCGCUCCCCGUACGACGAGGGCCCCACACGCGACUACAGCCCCCCACGAGGCCCUCGCUACGACGACGCACGCGCCCGCCACGCCAAGCCCCUCCCCGGCCCCGCACGCUACGACGAGCCCCCGCCCCCCCCUCCGCCCGCAGCCUAUGAGGCGCGCUCGCCGUACGAGCCGGAAGCCCACCCCUACCCAGCGAGCGCACGCUCCCCCGACCCCAAACACUACUACGGAGACGCACCGCGCUCUGCACACACGCUGGGGCCCACCGGACGCCCCUACGGCCAAGAUGCCCCCCCACACGCACACACACACACACACCAGGACACACACACACACACACGGCCGUAUGGGUCAGACGCGCCCCCGCCGCCUCCCCCCAAACCAGACACGCUGCAGUCGCCGGGAGACAAGCCCCUCCCCCCGCCCCCACGGGACGAGCCGGAGGACGACCCGGCCAUGAAGCCGCAGUCCGUGCUCAACCGCGUCCGGAUGUUCGAGAACAAGCGCUCCGUAUCCGUGGACCGCGCCAAGGACGCAGGAGACCCCGGCGGCAUCAGGCCUACUGAUCUACCCAAACCCGUGACGACUCCUGGACCUGUACUCAAAGCCAACUCCCUUAGCAACCUGGAGCAGGAGAAGACCUACAGGGCCCCUGAGCCCCAGAAGCCGCAGCCCAAGCCAGUGUCUGAGCCGGUGCGCUCCAACCACUAUGAGCCGGACGAGGACGAGGAGUUCUACAGGAAGCAGCUCUCCUACUUCGACCGCCGCAACUUCGACAACAAAGCGCCCGCCAGCCGCUACCACGACCCCGCCAAGCCAACACAGCUGGGCUACCCUUACUCCAGGGCGGAGUCGGUGGACAAGAGCAGUCCGGUGGAGAAGCGAUACGAGCCGGUCAGUCAGAUAAGCCCCUCCCCCUCCCAAUACGCCCCACCGGCACCGCCCACAUCGCUCCCCAAACUCAACCCCACAGACGUGAGUUUAGUGCCGGAGCCCCACAACUCUCCCAAAGCCAAGCCGGAUCUGUCUGGCCUGAGGGCCGUCCCUCGAGAGGACCCCGUGCAGAGCGGCUAUCUGCCCCCCAAGCCGCCGGUCAACGGCACCGAGGCGCCCCCCAAGACCGCGCCCGCCCCCACCAGCUACAACCGCUACGUGCCCAAGCCCUACACCAGCUCGGCGCGGCCCUUCGAGCGCAAGUUCGAGAGCCCCAAGUUCAACCACAACCUGCUGCCCAACGACAACCAGAGCAAGCCUGGCGUGGGCAACCCCGGCACCAAGCCCCAGCUCUCGCCCCAGCCCGACCACGACAGCGGCGUGGACACCUUCACCCGCACCAUCGACAACCGCGUCAAGUACCAGCACAACAACAUCAACGCCCUGCCCAAGGCUGUGCCCGUCAGCCCCAGUGCGCUGGAGGAGGAUGAUGAAGACGAUGGUCACACGGUGGUUGCCACGGCGAGGGGAGUGUUUAACUGUAACGGUGGCGUGCUGAGCUCCAUAGAGACGGGCGUGAGCAUCAUCAUCCCGCAGGGGGCCAUACCUGAUGGCGUCGAGCAGGAGAUCUACUUUAAGGUGUGCCGUGACAACAGCAUCCUGCCUCCGCUCGACAAGGAGAAAGGUGAAACCCUGCUGAGUCCCCUGGUGAUGUGCGGCCCUCACGGCCUGAAGUUCCAGAAGCCGGUGGAGCUGCGCCUGCCUCACUGUGCGUCUAUGACCCCUGAUGGUUGGUCUUUUGCUCUAAAAUCCUCCGACUCGUCGUCGGGUGACCCCAAGAGCUGGCAGAACAAGUCGUUGCCCGGCGACCCCAACUACCUGGUGGGCGCCAACUGCGUGUCCGUGCUCAUCGACCACUUCUGAGGGCGCCUGCUCCGCCGCGGGACGCUACCGCAGGGAGGGGCACAUGCCCCUGACUCCUCCCCCUACGCCCUGACUCCUCCCCCUACACCACGGGAUUGGCUCCUCCCCCCACUCCAGGGCAUUGGCUCUUCAGUGAAGUACUCUCUCCUCUCCUCUCCUCGUCUGCAGUCUCAUUUUACACCCAAAAAAUGUCAUCGUUGGGGGAUGGAUCUGCCUAGCAACCCACCCCUACCCCCCCAUCUCCACAACCCUCAUGCGUGUGGUCGCCAACCCAAACUCUUUUUUUUUUAAUUUUAAAAAGGAAAAAAAAAAAUCUUUUUUGGUGCUUGAAGGCUUGCAAAAAAUGACAUUAUCCCAAUAACUGAAUUGUGUGUAAGUGAAGUUCUGGGGCCGUGGCUGCAUGAGGGGGGGCACUAGGACCCAGACGGACCACGGCCCCACACCCUGGCGCUCUCAGGCCUGUUUUCUACCAAAUCCAAGAGCAGAACCGAACCAGCCAGAGGAGCCAGAGGGAAAAAAAGAAAAUAGAAAACUACAUAAUAUGUUUAACAAUUGCAUUGAGAAUUCUACUUAUAUGCUCAGAAACAGAAAAGUUGAUGUAUGCAGAACUUUUUUGUUUUUGAGGACUGUGGUUGUGGGUUUUUGGGAGGGGGGUGGGGGAUGGGGGGGUUCCUGAAGGAUUUUAGAAGAUCUAUGGAAUGCUGAGCCCAUGAAGAGGGUACUGAAGGAUUCUGGGAGAUGUAGUCUUUAGAGACAUGAAUGUCCCAGCUGAAGGACACUGAGAGGCGAAGGACUCUGUAGGCCUCUGGGGCUCCUGGUGUGUGUAGAGCUGAUCUUUUCUAGUCAUGUUUUACUGUAGAUUAACUGACUUUGGGUUCCCAAACCUCCUGCUGUUUAGAGAUCUAUGCAUGUGCAAAGACUCAGGUCCAGAAGCCUGCUACUAAGUUCCACACACACACAGAUGCGCACACCUGCACACACACACCCUGUCCCCACCCAUUGUACACUGCAAGCAGUGAUGCCUUAUCUGCAUAAGACCUUUUCCUUUACCGUAUAUCUUAUUGAAAAAGAGGAAACACAACAGACGUCACAUUUAAGUUGUAGCAGUAAGUUACAGAGAAACAAAAAAAGAUGAAAGUUGUCUCUUGCCAUUGCAAGCCCAUUCUGUUGGUGAACUUGGAUUUAGCACCCAAUAAUCGAGGCUAACAAACAGGUAUGCUUUCUUUUCCGCCUAUGCAUAUGAAGUCAAAUGAAAAAAAAAAAAAACAUGAAGAAAGAAAACUCUAGGUGAUGUUUAAAGUUGUUGCUGUACAUAAUGCUCGUACAUGGCCUUGGUUCCACUGUAAAUGCUCUUUUGUACGUCUUUGUUAUUUUGUAUAAAACUGAAGAGGAAAAUGUUUCUUAAAAAAAGGAAAAGAAAAAUGAUGCCAUUGUUACGUUUGUAUUCUGGCUAUAGCCCUGAGCCUUGGAACUUAGCAUAAAACAACGUUUUUCUACCAAUAUAUAUAUAUAAAUAAAUAUAUAAAUAUAUAUAUAAACACUAUUUAAAGGCAUUUUUAACAGUCAGAAACUUUUUAUUCUUAUUUACCAAAUAGGAUGUGCUUGGUUGAACUAAUUUAAAGAAUCUGUGUGCAUUGGUCUGCGUUGGUGGGCGGACCGGCCCUCUGCUGGUGAGGACGCUGCGCUGCACUGGUGCCCCUCAAAUGUAUUUUUCUACUAAGAGACCAUUUAUCUCAGCGCCGCAGUGCUGCUGUUCUUUUGAUAACACACGGCUUGGGUCCACCUCGACUUCCUCCCCAUCUGGCUGGCUCUUGAGUUGUCAUUUAUUUUUUUCCUUUUGUUAUUUUCUUUGCAACACAUUUCUAAGUAUACCACUGAAUUAAUAAAUAAAUUCAUUUUUAAAGUA